AGGAGCGGCGGCCAGCGGAGCGCAGCGCGGAUGGACCAGAUCCCCUUCAGGAGGAUAUACCACCACCACCACCACCACCACCUCCACCAUUAUUAUCAUCAUCAUCAUCAUCAUCAUCAUCAUCAUUAUCAGUAGAGUGUCCCGCACCUGAAGCCACGCAGCCCCGGUCCGGACAUGGACGAGCAGGCGGGCCCCGGUGUCUUCUUCAACAACAACAACAACAACUCUCCCGGUGCAGGGAGCUCCAGAGCCCCGCAGGCUGCCGACGUCGGGGCCGGUGGAGGAGGCGGAGGAGCCGGAGGAGGAGGAGGAGGAGGAGGAGGAGGAGAGGCGGCCCGGGCUCACUACAACAUCCCGGGGAUCUUACACUUCCUGCAGCACGAGUGGGCCCGCUUCGAGGUGGAGAGGGCGACCUGGGAGGUGGAGCGAGCAGAGCUGCAGGCUCAGAUCGCCUUCCUGCAGGGGGAGAGGAGGGGUCAGGAGAACCUGAAGAAAGACCUGGUGAGACGGAUCAAGAUGCUGGAGUACGCCCUCAAACAGGAGAGGGCCAAAUACCAUAAGACAAAAUAUGGGACAGAGCUGAACCAGGGAGAGAUCAUACCUCCAAGUUAUGACUCCGAUGAGGCGGAUGACAGCGAGGCUCCCAGUCCUCCCAACAGCAGCCAUCAGCUCAGCUGGAAACAAGGACGCCAGCUGCUCAGACAAUACCUGCAGGAGGUCGGAUACACGGACACCAUCUUGGAUGUGAAGUCUCAGAGAGUGAGAGCGCUGCUCGGUCUGACCGGAGACUCAGGGGAGAAACCUUCAGAGAGGAAAGCCGAACCGAUGGUCAACGGCACCGAACCGUCCUCCCUGAAGGACAGCGGCAUGGUCAGUAAACCCGACAUGUCGGACUCGGCCACCGUGUUGGAGGCCUUUAAGUUCAUAGAGAGCGCUGCGGCAGAAUUCAGCGACGAUGACGAGGACGAGGACAGCGAAGGAAGAGAUAAGACCAUCCUAGACAUGGCCACAAUGGUGAGGAAGAAGCAGUCGUCCACCCCUUCCUCCACGACCUCUGACCUCAGCGACGACCCCGACACGGAGGAGGCCCUGAAGGGUUUCGAUUUCUUGGCGAGUCCGGAUGAGCUGGACGAAUCACCAGAGUCCAGGAGUGGAGAGGACAGCGGAGAGUGGGAGAAGGAAGAGUCUCCUCUGGGUGAAGUGGCCUGGGACGUGGACCAGGGUCUGAUAGCCCAGCUCAAGGAGCGGUACAGGAAGGAACGCAAGGGCAAGAAGGGGGUAAAGAGACCAAACCGGUCUCGGCUUCAGGACAUGCUGGCUAACCUGCGGGAGGGUGAGGAGCCCUCCAUGCAGCCGUCUGUGACGCCCCCCUCCCGCCCCAGUGUACCCAGACUCAAUGAGCAGGAAGUGGGGCGCACUGAAGACGAGGCGAUGACAUUCCUGCCUUCGACUGGGAAGUCGUUCAUAAUGGGCAGAGUGGACGAGGCGGUUUCUAACGAGCUGGGACUGGGAGAACUGGCCGGACUGACGGUCGCCAACGAGGCUGAGAGCCUGGGGUACGAUAUCACCAACAACACAGACGCUCUGAGGAAAACCUGGAACCCAAAGUUCACCCUGAGGAGCCACUUUGACUCGGUCCGGAGUCUGGCCUUCCACCCGGUGGAGCCGGUCCUGGUCACGGCCUCCGAGGACCACACCCUCAAACUGUGGAACCUCCAGAAGACGUCGCCCGCCAAGAAGUGUACUGCUUUAGACGUGGAGCCCAUCUACACAUUCAGAGCUCACAGCGGUGCUGUGCUGUGCGUUACCAUGAGCUCCAGUGGUGAGCAGUGCUUCAGUGGGGGGGUGGACGGAACCAUCCAGAGCUGGAACACCCCCAGCCCCAACAUCGACCCCUACGACUCAUAUGAGCCCUCUGUCCUGCGGGGGGCGCUGUGCGGUCACACGGACUCGGUUUGGGGUCUGGUCUACAGCUCGGCUCACCAGCGCCUCCUCUCCUGCUCGGCUGAUGGGACGGUCCGGCUGUGGGACGCCGCUGACACCUCGCCGUCCCUCGCUGUUUUCAACGAGAGAGGAGAGCUCGGCGUGCCGACGUCGGUGGACCUGGUGAGCAGCGAUUCGGCUCACAUGGUGACGUCGUUCACCACCGGACACAUCGGACUCUUCAACAUGGAGACGCAGCAGCUCGUCCUGAAGCUGGAGUCUGCCGGACCGCCAGAAGCUCCCUGCAAGAUCAAUAAAGUGCUGAGUCAUCCCACGCUGCCAAUCACCAUCACAGCUCAGGAGGACCGGCACAUCCAGUUCUUCGAUAAUAACACAGGUAAACUGAUCCACUCGAUGGUCGCUCACCUGGACUCGGUCACGUGUCUCGCUGUGGAUCCAAACGGACUUUACCUCAUGUCUGGAAGUCACGACUGCUCCAUCCGUCUGUGGAACAUGGAGAGCAAGACGUGCAUCCAGGAGUUCACCGCCCACCGCAAGAAGUCCGAGGAGUCGAUCCACGACGUGGCGUUCCACCCCUCCAAGUGCUACAUCGGCAGCGCCGGGGCCGACGCGCUCGCCAAGGUCUUCGUAUGACCUCCAACUCAAAAGGUGGAGCAUCAAAGAAGUGGGAAGUGGGUGGAGGAGUUUGUCUCCACCUCUGAGUCUGGAUGAGGAAGCAGAAAACUGAAGGUGACUGUUUACUCGGACUGCUCCUUUUAAGAUUUGUCAGAUAUUCCCCCCCUCUCUUCGGACUUAGGCUGGCCCGGGUCCCGAAACAAACAAACCUCUGGAUGAGACGAUGAAUGAAACAGGAAGUGGCAAAAAAAAUGUAUAUAAACAGGAACUCUUGGUACAUUUUAGUAAAGCUGGAAUUUUUAUUUGUUAUUUUUCUUUAACAAAAAAACUCUCCGCCAUCACCGACCCCAAAACACUCCAGUAAAUUGUUCAUAAUUAAUGUGCCUUUUUUUAUUCACAACAGGAAUUAUUUGAGGCGUUGAGUAAAAUUGAUUUUGUUCACGAGAAGAUCGACUUUUUUGUCUUUAAAAAUAAGAAAAGUAACGAGCCAAUUGUUUUAAGGAUGAAUAAGGAGGUCAGAAUGUUUCAUAAGCUCAUCCAACAUGUGACGACUAAAUCCCCUCAUUUAUAAUCAGAAUUUAUGUGAGCGCUCUAAUUUAACCUCUAGAUGACGUCCCAGUCUGCACAGGACUCGGUGGAUUUUUGCUUUUUUUUAAUUAAUUUAGUGUCAUUUUAAUUUUCUCCCAUUUAAGUUGUUGCCUGCAGCCUGAAGAAGACUUUUAUUCUGUCGGAUUUUGGAGAUCCUGUAAAAUGCCCACGCUAAGAGGUCAAAGGUCAUGACCCUGAGCUGGAGCUGGAGUCAGUGACACUUAUGCUGGGUGGACAGUCACCCUGACGGAAACGCUGUCAGCAGUUCAGAUCACAAACCUCUGAAGAGUUUUAUUUCAAAAUGAGAAAGCAUCACAGAGAUUAGAAGACUAGAGAAGAUGUAUCACUCCGUUCAUUUUGUUGAAUCACUCCCAGACAAUUAACUGGAGUUUCAUUUUCAUUUUUAUUAUUUUAUUUUAUUCGCAGUGAGCUGUGGUGUGCCAUAGAAAAAGAGAAAUCUGUGACAUAGUUGUACUUGUGAUGAUAGCAAAUUGAUGAAUUCUUGCAGCAGGAGUGUGAAAUGUUAAAGAUCUAUAUUUUUUAAAAUGCCUUGAGUUGUGAGUUUAAAGGAGCAGUGUGAGGGAUGUAGAGGCCUCUAGUGGUGAGGUUGCAUAUUGCAAUCAACUGAAUACCCGUCUGCUCAUCCCAGCUUUCACAAUUGGGUCGGAGAACUACGGUGGCCUACAGGUAUAAAACGCGAAAAAGGCUCUUUCUCGAAACCGUGUUUGGUUUGUCCGUUCUGGGCUACUGUAGAAACAUGGCGUGGUAGAUUGUGGUAGAUAUGAAGGGCUCAUUCUAAGCUGACAAAAACACAGCGAUUCUUAGUAUACAACAAAAAGACUUUUUGUUCCAUUUUGAACUGAAACCCUUCAGAGUGUUUUACCAGCAGCAGAGUAGGAUCAUGUUGUUGAUGAUAACUGUAAUAUACUGUAACGAGCCUCCACGUGCAAACACAUCUGCUGUCAUGUGACACUUUGAUAGUUUUUAGAUCAAAUCAAGAGCUUCUCUCCAAAGUGAAAAAAAAACUACAAAUGAAUCUGAAGUAACAGAAAUAUUUUAGGUUUGAAUUCUUGGCUCAUGAGUUUCAGCUUAAGUUUUUGUUUUUUUCCCCUUUGCAGGGUUGUGAAAUAUUUUGGAUUGAAUUUCUUCUGAUUGAGUAGUUUUGAUCAGCAUGGUGGUGGCGAGGCUCCAUUUGAAAACCUGCUGCUUUUUUUUUUUAUUGUUUACUGUAUUUAAAGUUGAAAAUUUGGGACAAACUGCAGCGAGAAAAAAACCUGCAGUGAAACUUUUUUCUCAUUUAUCUGUUUUACUUUGAUCAUAUAAAGUAUUUAUUGAUUACCUAAUGACGCCAAAUUAAAGCCAAAAGAUUGAACGGAGACAACGAGACGCUUCCUACUAAACCUGACAGUUGUUGUUGCUAAUGCUAAUUAGCUCAUUUUGUUGUGAAAUAAUGGUAGUGAAACACUUUUUAGUAAAACAGCUGUUUAGUCCCCAAACUGCACACAAGCUCCCCUCCAGAUUUGUAAACGCUUUAUAUGCUGCCUGAAAAUAUUGUAUUUUGUGUAAUUAUAAUUAUUACUAUUAUUAUAUUAUUUGGAGCGAUUACUAGUUUUUUAAACGACUCUUUGUGUUUGGUGACAGACUUGUGAGAUACGAGUAGAUAUUUUUUUUAAAAGACGUGUUCUCUGUUUUACUUGAAAAGUGAAGUUUAUUCCUUUGGGGUUUCUGCUGGUGUUGUAAGAAGUACAUAUACAUGACUUUACCUCUUAGCACUACAUAACACUUUGUUUUUGCUUUUUUUUACCAAAUUAUCAUCUCAAAAAAACGCAGCUGUGUUCGUGGGAUGGAGGGAAACUUUUGGGGGAUUUUGCGUUGCUCUUUCUUUUUAACGUAAAUUGAAACGGUGUAAAAAGGGUAAACAGAUAUGUGUACAGUUGUAUGUAUUAAAGCAGAUCUAUUUAUAAAUGUGGUUUAAUUUAAGGGAAAUAUUAACCGCCAAAGUGAGAAAGGCAAACAAAUUAUUCACCAACUAGUUGAGCCGAAAGAUCAAACUUUAUUCAUGUGACGGGUAAACAAACAGCAAGUCAGUGGCUGCGGUGUUGAAUUCAGCUUUCGUGUAAAAUGAUGUAGAAAAUGUCUGGUUGUUUUUGGUGCUUCACCUCCACCCAGUCUGUAAUGUGACAAUAUGACAGAGAGUUUGUCAUUAUUUUGACUUUAAUUCUGUUAGUUUUUCCAAAGUGUUUGCUUCAAAUCCCGAAGAAAACAACUAGAGAAUCUGUUAAAUUCAGGUUCAUCCAAAAAACAUCUAGUGUGGAUUUUUCUUCUCAAAAAUACACCAAAUCCUGUGAUUUUUAGCUAUUAAAACACAAGGUUCCAGGUUGUUUUUGUGAGGAAUUUUUCCCUCUUAACUUCCCUUCCACACAGCAGCAUCAGGCAGACAUCAUUAAUUUACAAAACCACCAUUUUAUCCCCCACAAUAAAAUACACAAGAGCAGUGGUUUUCUAUGUUUAUCCAGUCUGACAGCUUCAACCAGAUCAACCAAUUACCCAUAACAAACUCCUCUGCUUACAUUCAGGUGUGUUUUUGCAGAACAGUAAUAUUAAUGAUAUUUAAAUAUGUACAGUGGAAUAAAAAGGAGAGAAAAAGAUUGCAGCUGGCUUAUUGUGGACGUACUAAAGCUUUCAACCAACAGAAAAUGUUCUUCAUUCAAACUACAUUCAGUGGGAAAUAACAAUAUUUGUAGACUCAGCUACAGUCUGGAUCAGAGACACACUAUAACAGAGGGUGGGGGAAAUUCACUCAGUCUGUUGCGAAAGGGUUUGCGUGUCGCUUUAAAGUGACAGGAAACAUUGACUGGAUGCAGGAAACGAGCAGAAUCACGUUGGAACUGAGCUGCAAGUGACAGAAAACAGAAUUGUGAGGAUUUUGAAUGGAGUCUGGUGGUUUGUUGUGGGUUUCUAAUCCUAGCGUUGCAGAAACAUGACAGUUAUAAAGCUUCGGUCUGCAAAUGAAUGAAAGUAAAGCCUGAUUAAAGUAAAGUUAAGGUGUUUUUUGCUGCAUAUUUUUGUUUAUUUUCAUACUUAAAUAACCAUACACAAACUGAACCAGCAUCACCAUAAACCCCAAUGAUACCAGACUCCAUUCACAUCCGUCUACUUUAUUUUUUCACUUUCAGAGCAAUAGAACCAGUGUGUGUUUUUUUUAAUUCAUUUAAUCUAAUUUACCGUUUCACUCUUUGUUAAUUGAACUAUUGGAGCUGAUUACCGUCACUCACACUACAUAAGCAGUAACACUAAUCAGUAGUGAUGUUGGCAGCUGAACUCUCUUCAGAUUUAUAUUUUGUUGUUUUCAGUGGCCAAAAGCAGAGCUGAACCUUCAAACUGAAUAAAGCCUGUUCAGUUUGCCUGUAAAUGAUUGUUGUCCUUCAAUGUGUACAGUGAAACUAUUAAAGAGAGAUUAUAGACGCUAAUCUGGCUGUACAUAAAGUACAUACAGGUGUUGUUUCCUUUUUUUCAUUGUUGUUCUUUUUUUUCCAAAAUGGGAGAGCGAUU